AUGGGUUUGAAUGAUGGAGAUGCGCGAGUCGCUUCGGGUGAGAAAGAUGACGUAGGAGGAGGGAGCGAAGAAAGGAGGAAGGGGCAUGAGGAGAGGUGGAAGGGGAAUGGCGGGGAGGGUGGGGGGGAGAACAUGGAAGCAGAGGUGGAACAAACACCUCUCUGUCUUGAGGAGUGUCUCAAAGAGCCCCAGAAGGUGGAAGUGUUGCUUCCCAAGACGGAAUUGUCACCUGGAAAGAUGGACGUGGAAGCAGAGCUUCAGUUUCUGCGCAACCUGAGGGAAGAUCUGGAGAGGGAGUUGGACUCUCUUCGCAUUCUUCAGCUCGAUUGCAAGCCACAGGCCGAGCCCCCUGUUGCUGAUUUGGAUAAGGCUUGUCUCGAAUCUGAGGAAAACCAGAAGGCUGAAGCAGAGAUAGAGCGACUGCAGGCCGUGAGAGGAGACCUAGAGAGGGAAUUAGAGGACUUGUAUUUGGAGUUGCAACGAGAGCAGGAGCUUUCAGCUGAAGCAAGCCUUCUGGCUGAGAAGGAGUGGGAGCGGCGGCAGGAGGCAGUGAAAAUGCUGUCUCAGCUGGAGAGACAGCUAGGGGAGGCGUUUGGGGGUGCGGUGACUGUGGCUGAAGGGGUGUUGGUGGUUGAUGCGAAUGGUAGGCCUAUGUCGCCGCUAGUGGGGAGUUUGAGUGGGUCGGGAGCGGUGGGGAGGAAUGGCAGGGGUGGGGGUGUGGGAGGGGUGUUUGUGUCACCGCUUGGCGGGCCGCAAUUGGAGGGUUCUGGUGGGGAGGAUAGGGAAAGCUGGCCGUAUUUAUGUGGUGGUGGGGAGGAGGGAGCGGAUGGGGGAGUUGAGGGGGAGAUGGGAGGAAUGAGAAGAGUGCUGUUUGGAAUAGAGGAGCAUGGGGAGGAGGAGGGUGCAGCAGCAGGAGAAGAAGAACUGGCUUCUUCGCUUGCCGUAGCAGCCACAGGCACAGCAGCAAGUGUGGUUGAGCGGUUGAGCAUAGAGAAGAAAGAGAUUUACAAAAGGGCAGGGGAGGGAGAUGACGGGAAGAAUGGGGAUGGGGAUGGGGAUGGGGAUUGGGAUGAGAUUUGGAGUGAGGACGAUGACGAAGAGCUUGAGGUGAGGCAUGGGGAAGGUCAGAGGCAGGAAAAGGAAACGGAGGGGGUAGAGAAGAGGGAGGAAAGGAGGAUGGAGCAGUCUUGGCGGAUGGAUUGGCGACGGUCACUCACGGAUGGUAAACUGUCUAGUGAGGAGGAUCAGCGUGAGGAUCAGUCUCACAACUCUGACCCAAAUCACGGUCCCAACUCUAACAGUGAGGAGAAUAUCAUCCGCAGUGGCGCCCCCAGCACCAGCACCAGGCCACUGCUGCACAUCCGCCCUCCCCCUCGCACGCUCCCUAGAGCCACAUCCGAUUUAGUCACCUACGUGCGGGAUGCAAAGACGGCCCUGCGCCUGCCCUCUUCCCCAGGAGAAGACGAGUUUUUCAGCACUAAGCUUCCAGAAUUGAGGAGGAGAAUGACGGGUGAGGGGCCGCAAAACUCACCUCAUAGGUCCUCCUCUCCUGGGGAAGACGAGUUUUGUAGCGCUAAGCUGCCGGAAUUAAGGAGGAGAAUGACUGGUGAGGGGCCUCGUAAAUCGUCUUCUCCUCGUGAAGACGAGUUUUUCAGUGUUAAGUUGCCUGAGUUGAGAAGGAGAAUGAGUAACUUUUCGCCCCUGCACUCACCCCUGGCCCACUUGAGAGGGAUGCACCUGGAUGGGGAAGGGGGGGCUGAGGUGGCAGCAUCGUUUUCGAGGGGGAUACCUGGUGGUGCCGCUUCUGGUGGGGGUGGGAGUGGUGGAGCUGGAGAUGGUUCAGGUGGUUCUAUUGUUUCAGGUGCUUCGUCAGGUGAAAACGGCACUCCUGGCUGUCGCAUAAAGUCUCGUUUGGCUAGCGUGGCUGAAUGCAGUGGUGAUGAUAAGCAUGAGGAGGGGGAGGCGGAGGGGGGGGCGGAAGGGAAGACGGAAGGGGAGGCGGAGAGGAACAGUAAGGAAUUCGCCCAUUGGGACGGGCAGGAGGAAGGGGAUGGAGGUGGAGGAGGGGGGAGCUUUGCAGGAGCAGCAGGGGAAGCAGGAGCUAUGGAGAAUGAUCCCUCCUCUCCCACUCGCACCACCAAAGAACCCUCCUCUCCUCUCACCACCUCGUUUUCGGCGCUUGAUGAGGCUUCUUCUCCCAACGCAGCCCGAGCAGUGGCCUAUUCAGGGCAGCCCUUUUCCUACGCCAGUCAGAUGGUCGUUGCUCCUAGGGAGGUGCAGGAUGACUCUUCAGGGAACUUCAACAGAGCGGUUUCCUACACAGGGGGUUUCAACAGAGCGGAUUCGCACUCAGGUGCUUUCAACAGAGCGGGCUCGCACUCAGGUGCUUUCAACAGAGAGGGCUCGCACUCAGGUGCUUUCAACAGAGCGGGCUCGCACUCAGGUGCUUUCAACAGAGCAAGCUCUUACACAGGUGGUUUCAACAGAACUGGUCCAGAUGCGGGACUGCUGCUGACCUUCGGGGGACUAUUAGGAGGAGAUUUUUCAGCAACAGAGACAACAACAGGUGGAGCAGAUGAGGGAGAAGACUUGGAAGAAUUUGGGAAAGGAGAGGAGGAGUUGGUACACGUUGGAUUGGCUGAUGAUGAAGUCCAAAGAUGGGAUGACUCUCUUUACAAUAUGCAGGAACUUUUAGCUAAGCACCAGACUGAUUUUCUCCAUGUAUUACUGCAGAUGCUACAGCUGGCAGUGGCGAAGCGGGAAAGCGAGUCAGCAUCAGCCUCUGCCGCCGCUACAGCUGCCGCUACAGCCGUUUCGGCUGCUGAGAGGGAGAAAGCGGAGUGGGAGGUGGAGCAGGUAGUAUCUGCAGUCUUCAAGGAGGUGCAUAAUGUGUUGCAUGUGAAUGGGGUUGGCAGGGUGAGAAGGAAGUUUAGAGGUGUGGCUAAGGAAGGGAACGCAGCAGCAACGGCUGCUGCUGCAGUUAGGGAAGAUUUGGAGCUGCUAGUCCGGGCAGUUGAAGCAAAAGCUCGGGCAGCCAUGCGAAGGAAUGCAGCUGGCCUGGUCCCUCCUGCUCCCAGACGGCUUGUGAGGGAUGGGAGUGGGAGUGGGGGGGGGAGAGGAGGAGAAAAGGGCGGAGGGGGAGGGUGGGGGAUGGGCACCGGCAACGGCAUGUGGAGCAUCGGCCAGAGUAUUCAGUCGGCUGCUUUGGCUAUCGCUCGCUCUCCCUCUGUUGCUGGUCCCUCUGUGGUCAGUACACCUACCAUGAGCACACCUGUUAUGAGUAGAUCAAUGUCAGCUGCUGAAGCUCCUUCUGUUGUCAACUCAGCCGGGCCCGGGACUCACAACGCCUCACUGAGUAUCUACAGGACAGCUUCAGUGGCAACCACUGAGGCGUCCACUGCUGGUAACACGCCUGUUGCGCAUGCGGUUACCAUCGCCCGAACCUCGUCCGCAGCCUCGGGAAUGUCUACUGAUGGUAACACGCCUGUGGCUCGGGCUGUGGGGGAUAUGGCAGGAGGAAUGCCGAUGUCCCAUGGGGGAGCGGUUCAGAUGGGUGGCAUGUCAGGGGGAAUGGGUGGGGAGCGGUCAAGCGCUCUGACAAUUUACCGAACGCCAUCUAUGGCUGAGAUGUCGACUACUGGUAACACUCCGGUCGCGCAUGCGGUUACCACAGCAUUUGUCGGCGGGUUCAAUGUAUCGGGUCUCCUCGGGUUGGCUUCGGCAAGGCUAGCUGCGGCCACCUCUGCUGCUGCUACUCCUGCUGCUGCUACUACUCCUGGUGCUGCUGCUUUUUCUACAACUGGUAACACCCCUGCUGCCUCAACUGCUGGUAACACACCCAUCGCCCAAGCCUUGGGCAGUCCGAACCAGUUUGCGAAUAGUCAUCAAGUGUCGCCGGUAACCACCCCUGUAACCGUGGAUGCGUCGACUGGCGGUAACACUCCUGUCUCACAGGCAGUCACUGCAAGAAGCAGUGGUGGUAACACACCUGUUGCACGUGCGGUUACCACAAGCAGCGGUGGUAACACUCCCGUUGCACGGCCGCUGACGCUGAGGGGAGGGGAGAAGGCGGAGCAGGAAAGGAGCGCAGAGGAGGAGAGGGAGGAGGGAGAUAGAGGGGAGAAGUGCGGGGAAGAGAGAGGGGGAGAAGGGGAGAUGGAGGAGGUUUUAUUUGUGCGGGAGGUGGUAGCAGGGGAUUUGGUGGUACACCACCAUGUGGACUCUCUCACGCGCUCCCUCACAACUGCUUCCCCUAAACCCAAACCCUCCGAGCUGGCUUUUGAGGCGCCUCAAAGAGCGGGGGAUGUGGUGGUACACCACCAUGUGGACUCGCUCACGCGCUCCUUCACCCCUGCUGCUACCUUCAAUGACACGUAUGGGAACUCUCAACAGAAACCCAACGCCUUUGACCUGACGGAAGAAUCGCCUAGCGUGCUGGCACCUGGAAUCAGGCAAGGAGGAGGGGAGCAGCGCUUUUCUCGUCCUAUGACCAGGCAGGAAGAGAGGGAGCGGAGCAGGAUACAAGACGAUGAUUCGUUGCGCAUUUUGAGACAGGAUGCGUGGGGGAGGCGAGAGGCAGCUACCAGGCUGUAUAGAGAAACCCCUGCUACAAGGCUGGAUAGAGGGAGAAACCAAAGCUCGGAGGAGGAAUAUUCCCAGCCAGCUUCAAGGCUGGAAGCCCACCCGUUGCCUGCCCGCCCCGUGACCGCUGUGCCUAGAGAUAGGUCCCACUACACAGCAGCAAGGGAUGGGAGUGGCAGGCCGGAUUUUGAGCCGGCUAGAAGAGCGAUUGGGGGCGGGGCUAGCAGUGGGAUCGGGAGUCGCCACCAGCCAGGUACCAGGCUGGAUUCUCAUCAUCCCUGGGGGAGCCCUGAGCCUGCUGCGAGGCUGGAUACAGGGAGGAGUCAAAGCACGGACGAGUACCACCAGCCAGCAGCUACCAGGCUAGAUGCUCAAGCUCACCCCUGGGGGAGUCACCAUGAUCCAGCAGCUGCGAGGCUGGAUACUGGGAGGAAGCAAAGCCCUGACGACUACCACCAGCCAGAAACUACCAGGCUGGCGAUUGGGGGCGGGGCUAGCAGUGGGAUCGGGAGUCGCCACCAGCCAGGUACCAGGCUGGAUUCUCAUCAUCCCUGGGGGAGCCAUGAGCCUGCUGCCAGGCUGGAUACAGGGAGGAGUCAAAGCACGGACGAAUACCACCAGCCACGGCCGCUUGCGUGGGGGAGUCGUGAGGGAGAUGGAGCUACCAGGCUGGAUAGGGAUAUCCCUGCCCGGCUGGAUAGAGGGAGGAAUCAAAGUUUGGAGGAGGAAUAUUCCCAGCCGGCUUCAAGGCUGGACGCCCACCCGUUGCCUUCUCGCCCCAUGACCGCUCUGCCUAAAUCCAGGUCAACGUUUGAGCCGGCUAGAAGAGCAGACGCGUCUGAGGCGGUUCUUGAGACGCCUCAGGAGCCGACUCGAAGAGCGAUUGCUUUUGAGUCGCCCCAAGAGCUGUCUAGAAGAGCGAUUGCUUAUGACGCGCCUCAAAGGGUAGAUGCUGCUGCCCACCCCUUGCCUGCUCGCCCCAUGACCGCCCUGCCUAAAUCCAGGUCAACUUUUGAGCCGCCUCGAAGAGCGAUUGGGGGCGGGGCUGGUAGUGGGGUUGGGAGGGCGAGUGCGCUGCUGUACAGACCUGGAGGUCAAAGGGGAGGAGUGGGGGGACGGGGAGGAGGGAGUGGAGGGAGGGGUGGUAGGCAAGAGGAGCAAAGCACAGGCAUGGGUAGUGAGAGAAUACAAGGAAGGGGUGAUUCAGCUGUUUUACCUCUGGACUCUGCUGUACCAGACCGAACCGCUUGGGGUGGGACUGAGACGAGUGGUUCGGCAAGUAACCGGCAGGUUCGGCAAGGGAGUGUUGGGGACGGUGCGUCUAGUUCUCAGGAGCCGCAAAAGGGGAGUGCUAGAGACGGUGUGAUGGAGAGUUUGAUUUCCGAAGCUACUGCAGCAGCCCAGGGCACUGUUAGAGACAUUGUCUCUUUCUGGGCGGCAGGUCCUGCAGCUGGGGCUGUAGCAGGGGCAACAGGUGCGGUGGCAGGUCGUGAGUCUGUAGCAGCAGGAGCGGGUACUGUAGCACUGCCACGGAGGCCUGCUACAGCCGCCGCAGGGGGCGGCAGGGUUCGUCCUGCAGGGGGCUGGCAGGGCUGGGGGAUGGGAGGGAGAGGAGAGGGGUUGGGUGGAGUGGGGAUGGGUGAUAGUGAGGAAAGCAUAGAGCAACCGUGGGGCAGCAGGGCACAGGUUCAAGAGGCAGGAGGGCAGAUGGGAAGGGAGCAUCCGUGGGGGGGUUCGUAUCAAGAUAGACGAGGUUUGGGUGAUAAAGGCGGAGUGGAGGAGAAGAAAGGUGGAGCAGAUGUUUGGACUCUUGAGGAAGAGGAGGGGGGCAGGGAGGAGGAGGGUAAGGAGGAAAUUGGGGAAAGUGGUGAAGGGAAUGUGCGUGCGAAGCAUGAGAGGAAACUGCAGCCGCAGCAGCAGCAGCAGCAGCAGCAGCAGCAGGAAAACCCUUCCUCCUCUGCCUCCCCCCCUGCCGCACCGGGUCUUUUUGCAAGUUUCCUGCCCAAGUCAGCAUCCGUCAAGCCGUCCAAGGUUGUAGCAGCUGUGGCAAGGGUCGCUGCUACAACCCUUGCAGCUGCUACAGGCGUUGGCGCUGGGACUCAUGCUGGUCCAGGUGCUUUUUCAGGUGCUUUUCCUGGUAAAUCUGGACCGUUGGUUUCCUCACCGGUCAAACCUCAUCGCGGGAUCGUGACUGUGGGAAGUUUUGUUGAGACGGAAACAGGGGUUUCAGAAUGGUUGACUGGAAAGGUGGAGAAAUUGACAGGGGCGGGGCAGAGGAGAGGAGAGGAAGAGAGGAGGGUGGUUAUGGAAUGGACUCAGGAGUUGGAAGAGGAAGGGGAAGAGGAGGAGAGAGCGUUGAGAGAGAGAAAUAGGGAGAGGAGGGAGAGGGAGGCGAAGGAGAGGGAGAGAGAGGAGGAGAGGAGGAGGAGGGUGGAGGAAGUGAGGAGGAAGAUGGAGGCAGCUAGUGAGGAGAGGAGGAGGAGGGAGGAGCGGGAGAGAAGAGAGGUUGCUGUAGGGGAGGAGGGGAUUGAGGAGCAAGGAGGGAGAAGCCAUCUGGAUGCCACGUCAGGAGAGAAAAAGAAAUUGUUCAAGGGAGGAAUGGAUAAUAAGGAGAGGCUUUCAGGGGGUGUGGUGAAGGAAGAGAGUGACUCAGGUUUAGGGGGACGAGGUGUGCAAAGGGUGGUGGUGAAGCGAGGUUCGAUGAAAGGGGAAGCGAGGGAAAGUGAGAGCUCGAGUGAGGGAGAGGAAGGGUGGAGUGACAUGGAGGAGGAGGAAGAGGAAGAGGAGGAGGAAGAGGAAGAGAAGGAGGAGGAGGGAGAGGAAGAGGAGGAGGAUGGCGAAGCAUCAUGGAGUGCUGAUGACGAUAGUGGUGAUGUUGAUGCUGGGGGUGAUAAGGAGGAGGCAGGGAGGAAGGAGAAUGAGGAGGAAUUGAGGAAUGAGGAGAAAGUUGAGCUUGUAGUGAUGGAAGUAGAGGGUCAGGCAGAAGAGAUGAAUAAGGUGGAGGCGGAGAGUGGGGUGAAGAGGGAGGCUAGGUAUGGGGAUGGUGAUAGUGGUAGUGAUGGUGAUGGUGAUGAUGGUGGUGAUGGUGGUGGUGAUGGUGGCAAUGCCAAUGGUGGUGAUGGUGGCAAUGCCGAUGGUGAUGAUGAUGCUGAGGAUUUGUGGAGUGAUGUUGAUGUUGAUAGUGGUGAUGAUGACGAUGAGGGCGGAGUCAACGCAUGCAAUAAGGGGGAGGGGGAGGAGGAGGAGGAGGGAGAGGGGUGGAACGCGAAUAGGGAUGGGGUGGAACAGCAGAAAGAAGAGUCUGUUUCUAAGGUGCCUCAAGGAAACGAGGAGUGGGGUGAGCAGGAGGAUGGGGCAGAAGAACAAAAGGAAGAGGUGAAGGUAGAGAGUGGAGGAGAGAACAAAGUGGAGGGAGGGGUAAGGAGAGGAGCAGAGGAUGGCGAGGGGGGAGAGGAGGGAGGAGAGAAGAGAGUAGAGGGAGGGGCAGGGAGAGGAGCGGAAGCAGUGGAGGGAGAAGAGGAGAGAGGAGGGAAGAACGAAGAGGGAGAGGAAGGCAGGGGAGUGGAGGAAGCAGGGGUGGAAGGAAAACGGAUGGGAAGUGCAUCUGAGGUUCUGGAGGGUACAGCCGGGGAAGAAUUCUUUGAGGCGCCUCAAAAGGAAGCAGGGGAGGAAGGAAAACGGAUUAGAAGUGAGCUGACUUUUGAGUCGACUCAAAAGUCCGGGGAAGAAUUCUUUGAUGCGCCUCAAAAGGAAGCAGGGGAGGAAGGAAAACAGAUCACAAGUGCAUCUGAGGUUCUGGCGGGUAGAGCUUGGCAAGAAAGGGGGGUAGUGGAGGUCACUGAAAUUUCAACACCCGUGAUUCUCCUUACACCUGGCAGCUUGAUAGGUUCGCCUUCCGUGGCAGAGGCAUUGGGUGAGGCGCCUCAGAAACCUGACGGAUUGACAGGUCUCCCUUCCUUGGCAGAAGAAAGGGGUGAGGCGCCUCAAAGACCAGGCGGCAUGAUAGGCCCUCCUCCCUUGGUAGAGGAACGAUCUAGGGGCGUGAUAGGUUUGCCUUCCGUGGCAGAGGCAUUGGGUGAGGCGCCUCAGAAACCUGACGGCAUGACAGGACUCCCUUUCUUGGUAAACACGGGUUGUGAGACACCUCAGAAACCUGGCAGCAGGAUUGGUUCUCCUCCCUUGGUGGACACGGGUUGUGAGGAUUGUGAGGCGGCCGAUCCUCAAAACCCAGGCAGCAUGAUAAGUUCUCCUCCCUUGGCAGAGGCAACGGGUGAGGCGACUCAAAAACCUGACGGCAUGAUAGGCCCUCCUUCCUUGAUAGAGGAACGAUCUAGGGGCGGAUUGGAGGAAGGGAAAGAGCAGGAGGAGGAGGUGGGGAAGGACGGGAGGGACGAGGACGAGUGGAGUGGGAUAGAUGAGGAAGAUGAAGGGGAGGCAAUGGGAGAGGCGCCUCAACAGCCAGGCAGCAUGCUUGGUUCUCCUCUCUUGGUAGAGGAACCAUCCAGGACCAGUUUGGAGGAAGGAAAAGGGCAGGACGAGGAGGUGGGAAAGGAGGGGAGGGAAGAGGACGAGUGGAGUGGGGUUGAUGAGGAGGAUGAAGGAGAGGCAAUGGGAGAGGCGCCUCAACAGCCAGGCAGCACGCUCGGCUCUCCUUCCUUGGAGGAAGGGAAAGAGCCGGAGGAGAAGGUGGGGAAGGAUGGGAGGGAAGAGGACGAGUGGAGUGGGGUUGACGAGGAGGAUGAAGGGGAGGCUGAUGCAGAGGAGGGGGAGGCUGAUGCAGAGGAGGGGGAGGCUGAUGCAGAGGAGGGGGAGGCUGAUGCAGAGGAAGAGCAAAUGGAAGAGUCUGUUUCUGAGGCGCCUCAAGAGCCACCUGUCCGCUUGAUUGAUUCUCCUAUCCUGGUACAGGAGCGAUCUGGGAGGAGAAUUAAUUGGUCCGCUUUUCCGCCUCAAGAACCUCCUGUCGGCUUGAUUGGUUCUCCUAUCCUGGUACAGGAGCUAUCUGGAAGGAGUGUGGAGGAAAGGGAAGGGAGUUUUGAGUCGACUCAAAACUCGAUCCUGGUACAGGAGCGAUCUGGGAGGAGUGUGGAGGAAAGGGAAGGGCAGGACGAGGAGGAGGUGGGGAGAGAGGGGAGGGAAGAGGACGAAUGGAGUGGGAUUGAUGAGGAGGAUGAAGGGGAGGAUCGGCCGGACGAGCAAAACGAAGAGCCUGUUUCUGAGGCGCCUCAAGAACAACCUGGCAGCUUGAUUGGUUCUCCUAUCCUGGUACAGGAGCGAUCUGGGAGGAGAAUUAAUCAAGAACCACCUGUCCAGGAGAACCACCUGUCCGCUUGUCCGCCUCAAGAGCCACCUGUCCGCUUGAUUGGUUCUUCUCCUAUCCUGGUACAGGAGCGAUCUGGGAGGAGUGUGGAGGAAAGGGAAGGGCAGGAAGAGGAGGUGGGGAAAGAGAGGAGGGACGAGGACGAGUGGAGUGGGAUUAAUGAGGAGGAUGAAGGGGAGGAUGUUGCAGAGGCGGAUCGGCCGGACGAGCAAAGGAAAGAGUCUGUUUCUGAGGUGCCUCAACAGAACGAGGGACAGGAUGGGAAGGAGGGGAGGGAAGUGGACGAUUGGAGUGGGAUUGAUGAGGAGGAUGAAGGGGAAGAUGGGCUGAAAGAGCGAAACGAAAAGUUUGUUUCUGAGGUGCCUCAGAUGAACGAGGAGGGAUGGAGUGAGAAGGAGGAUGAGAGGGAAGAGGACGAAUGGAGUGGGAUAGAUGAGGAUGAUGAAGGGGAGGAUGGGGCGGAAGGGCAAAAAGACGAAGGAGGGAGUGAGAAGGAGGAGGGGAGGGAAGAGGAUGAGUGGAGUGGGAUUGAUGAGGAGGAUGAAGGGGAGAAUGGGCCGGAGGGGCAAAACGUGGAGCCUGUUUCUGAGGUGCCUCAAAAGAACGAGGAGGGAUGGAGUGAGAAGGAGGGGAGGGAGGAAGACGAGUGGAGUGGGAUAGAUGAGGAGGAUGAAGGAGAGGAUGGGUGUGACUCUGGUGAUAGCUUGGGGAGUGAAGAGGAUGAGGGUGGGGGUGGCGAAGAAGGCAAAGAGAGUGAGGAUGAGAGUGGGAGUGGGAGUGUGAUUGACAGUGGGAGUGGGAGUGCGAGUGGAAGUGGGAGUGAGGUUGGGAGUGGGAGUGGGAGUGGGAGUGAUGGGGAGGAGAGCACACUAGACAUGAGCAGUGUUGGUACCAUGGAACUGGAGGAGGAGAGCGACGAAGACGAGAGCAAAGCGCCAGAGCGCGAUGCGCGAGACAGUAAGGUGCAAGGGGGUGAAGUGCAAGGGAGUGAGGUGCAAGGGGGUGAAGUGCAAGGGAGUGAGGUGCAAGGGAGUGAGGUGCAAGGGAGUGAGGUGCAAGGGAGUGAGGUGCAAGGGAGUGAGGUGCAAAGGAAUGAGGAGGAAGGGAGUGAGGUGCAAGGGAGUGAGGUGCAAGGGAGUGAGGUGCAAGGGAGUGAGGUGCAAGGGAGUGAGGUGCAAGGGAGUGAGGUGCUAGAGAGUGAGGUGCGAGGGAGUGAGGUGCAAGGGAGUGAGGUGCAAGAGAGUGAGGUGCGAGGGAGUGAGGUGCAAGGGAAUGAGGUGCAAGGGAGUGAGGUGCAAGGGAAUGAGGUGCAAGGGAGUGAGGUGCAAAGGAAUGAGGUGCAAGGGAGUGAGGUGCGAGGGAGUGAGGUGCAAGGGAGUGAGGUGCAAAGGACUGUGGAAGGGAGUGAGGUGCAAGAGAGUGAGGUGCAAGGGAGUGAGGUGCAAGGGAGUGAGGUGCGAGGGAGUGAGGUGCAAGGGAGUGAGGUGCAAAGGAGUGAGGUGCGAGAGAGUGAGGUACAAGGGAGUGAGGUGCAAGGGAGUGAGGUGCAAGGGAAUGAGGUGCGAGAGAGUGAGGUGGGGACUAAUGAGGGAAGGAAGGGUGAGGGAGAGAAGAGUGAAGGAAGGAACGGCGAGGAGAGUGGUACAAAGCAACAGGACCACAAUGGCAGGGAUGGGGAAUGCAGCAAGCAAGAUGAUGCGAGUGAUGUUACUGGAGCACCGCAAACAGAGGAGGCAUGA